GCGAUGCAGUAAUGAAACGUUGACUUGGAAAGGACUGCCAGACCAGAGUUAAUGAAUAUUGGGCGAUCUACCUUUACAUUAGGCAUUGCACGAGCCUGAUGUCCCAUGAACAACAUCACUAUAGAAAAGGUAGCAAAAACAUGAAAGAAUACAGGCUGUACUGCAGACCUAUGGGGAAAUAUUUCACUUCAUCUGUCUAACUGCGGCAAUGGAUUUGCAUGAAUUCAGUUAUUUUAGCGCACUGUGAUAAAGCCUGGCAAGUGUCUUCACGCAUUUAUUAAACCGCAUCGAUACCUCAGGAGAAGGAGGCGGGUCCAAGAUCAAAACACGGCCGCAUAAAGCUUAUAACUCUCAUGAUGGGAUGAUUCUCUGAGUCUGUGGCCAAAGAGGUUUAGGUAAAUGCGGAGGCUUUUCUCCAGAAGAUAACGGUGCGGCAAGAUAUAAUGAUAUCUGUUUCAUUCAGAAGAGUGAUCGAGUGAAUGUCCGCGCACGCAAAUAACCGCAAUCUGGCUGAAAAGCAAUGGCAACCAAUCAUGACCCAUGGUUGCCAUGGGUGAUAGUCUCUCAUGACUAUUUAGGCAAGAGGGUCUUUCAGGUCCCUCCAUCCACAGUGAUCAGAUACAUCAAAUCCCUCAUCUACCAAGAAACAGAUUACCCUGUGUCUGAACAACAGCUGUUUCACAAUGGAAAACUGGUUCAUGACGGCAUUGAGAUUGGAAGUUUAGUGCCAGACAAAAGCCAUGAAAUAAUCAUGACGCUGCAUGGACGAGGCCUGAGAGGAGGAGGAAGGUUUGGUCAGACUACGCCACCUUUGGUUGAUUUUUUGAAGGAUAUUCUGAGAAGAUAUCCAGAGGGUGGACAGAUUCUUAAAGAGUUGAUUCAGAAUGCAGAGGAUGCUGGUGCUACAGAGGUUAAGUUUAUGUAUGAUGAGACAGAGUAUGGAGUGGAAUCACUGUGGUCACAUGAUAUGGCUCAGUACCAGGGAUCGGCAUUGUAUGUCUAUAAUGAUGCCGUCUUCACCCCUGAGGAUUGGAAUGGGAUUCAGGAGGUAGCGCGAAGUAGAAAAAGAGAAGACCCUUUAAAAGUUGGACGAUUUGGAAUUGGAUUUAACUCUGUCUACCACAUAACAGAUGUUCCUAGUAUAUUCAGUGGGGAUCAAAUUGCGAUGCUGGACCCUCAUCAGAUGUUAUUUGGAGUUCAUGAGUCUGGACAGUGCUGGAAUUUGAAGUCGGAUAUAAAAGAAAUAACUGAGCUAAAUGAUCAGUUUGCCCCUUAUUUUGGACUUCUAGGUAGCUCAGAGAAAACCAUUAAAGAUGGCAACUUUCCAGGAACCCUUUUUCGUUUUCCAUUGCGGAUGAAACCAUCUCAAUUAAGUAACAACAUUUACAAUAAAGAGAAGGUCCUGGAGCUCUUCGAAUCAUUCAAAGUGGAUGCAGACACCGUGUUGCUCUUUCUUAAGAGCGUGCAGAAGGUCUCACUGCAUGUACGUGAAUCUGACGGGACCGAGCGGAUGCUUUUCCAGGUCACGGCAAGCGACAGCCAAGAAGAUAAGAUGGAACGGCCCAAUUCUCUAAAGACCCUGGGACAGGCUAUAGAUAGCUACAGCAAUGGCGUAUUGAGCAAUUCAGUCACGUGUGCCACCUACCAAGUCUCCAUUGAACUGCAGGAUGAAACUACAAAAGAGACUCAGAAGACCACCUGGUUGGUGUGUAAUGGCGUGGGAGGGCGAGGCAUGUGCAGUGAACUGGAUUCUCUUGCUGAUGAUCUCAAGUUCAUCCCAACCAUUGGUAUUGCCUUGCCCCUCACCCUUAUGGAUGAGGACAAGGGGGCAGAUUCAAGCUUCUCAGGGCGUGCUUUCUGUUUUCUCCCGCUUCCCGUUGGAGAAGAAAGUAUGACUGGAUUACCAGUCCAUGUGAGCGGUUUCUUCGGCCUGACGGACAACCGCAGGAGCAUCAAAUGGCGUGAGGUGGACCAAUGGAGGGACCCUUCUGCUCUUUGGAAUGAGCUUCUCAUAGUCACCGUCAUCCCAAGGGCUUACUUCACACUCAUCAUGGAGACCAUCAGGCGAAUCCAAAAUAAGAAGGACCAAGAUUUCCCACUUUCACCUAGAGGUAUUUACAGAGCCUGGCCGGAUCCAAACAGAAUACGACCGCGAUGGAAGCCAAUUCUCGAACCGCUGUUCAACGACUUGCUCCAACAGCCGGUCAUCUACUCACACAACAGCAGCUGGGUCCAGGUUGAUGAUGCAGUGUUUUCAGAGCUGGACUCCAGCUUGAACACUACAGAAACCGUAAUCAAAUACCUCCAUAGCUCAGGGAUGAUGCUGGCCCAGGUGCCGGCCUACAUCGAUGUAGUACUUACAAUGUUUGUUACCAAGCCAGGUAGUCUGAGGAGAGUGACGCCUUCUUUUGUGCGCCAGACUUUGAGAAAAUGUCGACAUAAAGGGUCGUCCAGUGAAAAGCUGCUCCUGCUGGAGUUUAUCCUUAGCGAUGCCUGCUAUAAUGACCUCAUUGGACUUGAACUUCUGCCUUUGCAGGAUGAGACAUUUACAGUGUUCUCCUCUUCAGUGAAUGACAAAGAUGCCGUGUACAUCGCCUCAGAGGAGUUUCCAAGAUCCCUGUAUCCAGGACUGGAGGGAAGAUUUGUCUUGGAAAGCAUUCCCUCACAUGUCAUGACCAGCCUGAAGGAAGCAGCUAAAAGCAGAGUUCAACAAUAUCUUUGGGGUUGCUCAGGGAGGCCCUGCACUCAGGUUCAAGUGUUAACCCCAGAGAGAUCAGCUCGUCUAAUUAAAGAAGUCCUUACUACAGCCUGGUCCACUAGAGAUUUUGCAGUACAGUGGUGCCCUGGUGAUCAAGAAAGGAAGCAUCCCUCUGCAUCUUGGCUCAGAAUGGUUUGGAAGCAUCUGUACAUAAACUUUGCUGAGGACCUUGGUGUCUUUGAAGAUAUGCCUUUGAUUCCAAAUGUGCCACUUACUGACAACUUGGAUUCUUUAGAGCUGCUGCGCCUCAAAACCCCAUCUCCCAUCUUUCUUGUAAAUGAGGAAGAGGGCACUCCCUCUGAAUCAUUACUUGAAGUUAUGAGAAAGCUGGGCUGUGUUAUUUUGAAACAACUUGACCCUUGUUUGCAGCAUCCACUCUUGAGAAAUUAUAUUUAUCAAUCAUCCCCAAGCAACCUACUUCAGAUUAUGGACAGAUCUUCAUCACAGAGAUUAGCCAGCCAGGUUUCAGCUCUGUCUGUUGAACAGAAGAUUGCCCUCAGAAGCUUUUUAGCUGGUCUUACGGAUGUCACAGAGAAAGAGAAACGCAUUAUUCAGGAUCUUCCUAUCUUUAGCAAAAUUGGAGAGAAGUCAAAGACCGACCCUUCACUUUUCACAUCACUGAAAGGAGCUAGGGUAUUACAUCAUACUGCCAAGCAUCCAAUAGAUGUGAAAUUGUCUAUAAAUGUAGUUGACAGCAGUGAUGAGGCAACGAUCCGCCUGAUAAAGCUGUUGAAUAUUGAGCAGGUGAAAAGCCCUGAAUGUCUAAAGGUGAUCAUUCAAGACAUUGAAAGGGGAUUCUACACCAAAGAGGAAGUCACAAAAAUCAUGCUGUGGGUUCUUACUAAUUUGUCUUUUCUGAAGAAUGAAAACAAGGCAGUCAUUAAUUGGCUUUCUCCUCUGAAGUUUAUUUAUACCUCUUCAGAAAAACCUCGUUCACCAACAGACUUUUUCGAUCCUGAGCUGGAAAUUUUGCAGAGCCUUUUUUUCAUGGAGGAAAAGACGAGGUUCCCACCAAAUGAUUAUACAUCAUCUUCUGAUGUCCUUCAUUCCCUGAGACAACUUGGGAUAAAAAACGAGGUGCAGCUUAGUGAAAAGGAUGUUCUUCAGGUUGCCAAAAAAAUUGAGGAGUUGCAAGGGAGUGACAAACCAGAAUGGGACCCCAUUGUAAUGAAGGCAACAACGCUCCUUACUAUUCUGAAGAAACAGACAAAGUUGGUUAAGUCCUCAGAGGUUCAGACAAACCUGCAAAAAUUAAAAUGGGUACCCGUUUGCAAAGACAGACCUUUGAAUUACCCAAAAUCACUUGCUUGGAGAGGUGAUUCAUGUUAUAUUUCCUCUCUUUCUGAAAUGUGUGAUAUAUCUCACGCUGUACUUGUUGGUUCUUCUGUUGCCCUGGUGGAACGUACCUCUGCUGGCAUGAAAAAAGCCUUAAAGUUAUCGCUAGAACCUCAGGUUGAUCAAGUUCUCCAGCAUUUAAAGGCAGUAAAUGACUGGCACAGAUCCCAAGCAUUUACCACUGAGGACUGGUAUCAGUUUCAGCAGAUUUUGUUUGAGAUCUAUGACUUUAUGCAAGCUCAUUUGGAGGAUGCAAGGGAAGCAGUGAAGUCUUUGCCCUUUGAUUGGGUUUGGACAGGGAAAACAUUUGCUUCCCCUCCACAAACCGUUUUAAACCCCAUACCAGAUUUGGACCUCCAACCAUACUUGUACUCAUUGCCAAAGACCAUCGCUAAAUUCCGCAAGCUGUUUGAGUUCUGUGGCUCUGUUGAAGAAGUAGAUUCCAGCCAUGUGUUCGAAGUGGUCCGAACAAUCAGGCAAAGAACUGAGCAAAAGAUGACAAAACAGGAGAGCAAAAGUAAUCUGCUGCUCCUAAUUAAUAUUUUAAGAUGGCUUUACAGCAGUCAGAUAUCAGUAGAACCUGACAUGCAUUUGCCCAUUCUUUACCACAAAGAUCCAAGCAGAUUGGUUAUGAAACCCAUCCACGAAUGCACUUACUGUGAUAUCAAAGUAGAAGACUUGAAUGACUUACUAGAUGAUGCUUCAGAGCCCAUCAUACUUGUCCAUGAUGAUAUUCCAAUGAAAACUGCAGAAUGGUUGAAAGUCCCCUGUUUGAGCACAAGAUUGAUAAACCCAGAAAACCUUGGGUUUGAACAGUCAGGCCAAAGAGAGCCUCUAACUGUGAGAAUAAAGAACAUUUUAGAGGAGUAUCCAUCAGUUGCAGAUAUCUUUAAGGAGCUUUUGCAGAAUGCUGACGAUGCAAAUGCCACUGAGUGUAGUUUCUUGAUUGACAUGAGAAAGAAUCUUGAAAUCCGUGAGAAUCUGCUUGACCCUGGAAUGAUUGUUUGUCAUGGAGCAGCGUUGUGGUCCUUCAACAAUUCAGUUUUUUCUGAUACAGACUUCCUUAACAUAACAAGGCUUGGUGGCUCUAUGAAAAGAUGUGAAGCUGACAAAGUGGGCAAAUUUGGGCUGGGGUUCAACUCUGUUUACCAUGUGACUGAUAUGCCCAUUAUCAUGAGUAGAGAAUUCAUGAUCAUGUUUGAUCCCAACAUCAGUCACAUCAGUAAACACAUCAGAGACAAGUCAAACCCAGGCAUCAAAAUCAACUGGAGCAAACAACAGAAACGACUAAGAAAGUUUCCUAACCAGUUCAAACCUUUCAUCAAUGUAUUUAACUGCCAGCUUCCCCUGUCACAAGAGUCCCCUUACAAGUAUGAUGGGACCCUCUUUAGACUUCCCUUCAGAACCGAGCAGGAAGCAUCUGUAAGUGAAAUCAGCAGCAUUUACUACAACACCACUGAUAUCUACUCACUUGUAGAUGAAUUCAGCAUCUGUGGCCAUCGUCUCAUUCUGUUCACACAGCAUGUUGGAACAAUGGUCUUGAAGUAUUUGAAAUGUGAGGAGCCAAACCCUGCUGCUGCACAGGAUGUGGUCACAAUAAACAAAAGUGUGUGGUCCUCCAAAGCAGCAUAUGGUCCAUUAAGCAUUCUUAAAUCUGCUGCCAAAGUCAUGAAAAAAGUUGCAGCCACUAACAAAGUGUCAGCUGAGGUUCCAAAGUCUGGCUGCAUUAUCAGAAUUGUAGUGGAAGAGUUUCACAAUGUCUUCAGACGCAUUGUUGAUCUUCAGUCCCCGCUGUUUAGAGGUCCUGAAGAGGAUCCGUCCUCCUACUUUGAAAUGGCAUCUAAAGGCACACAAACCAAGAGACUGACAGAUGAAAUGCCACAGAAGGGAGUAGAAAACACAAACUGGCUUAUCUGCUCAUGCAUGGAUGUGACAGAAGCUUUAAAGUUCUCCUUAAGUGAUAGUGGAAAACGCCUUGGUCUGGUUCCAUGUGGAGGUGUAGCUGUGUUGCUUUCUGAAGAAGAAAACAGAAAAUGGACUUUAAAGACGAGUGCAACACCAAUUGGUGAAGUAUUCUGCUACUUACCCCUUAGAAUCAAAACUGGCUUGCCCGUGCACAUCAAUGGUUGCUUUGCUGUCACAUCAAAUCGCAAAGAGAUUUGGAAGACGGACACAAAGGGACAAUGGAACUCUAUUUUCAUGAGACAUGUGAUUGUUCAAGCUUACUUGGCUGCACUUAACAUGCUGAGGUCAAUGGCAGAAAGUGGAGAAUUGUUAGACUACAGCUAUUACGCAGCAUGGCCUGACCCUGGAGUUGUCCACGAUGACUUCAAUUUGAUUUGCCAGGGAGUUUAUCAAGAAAUAGCCAAAGGUGAUGAAAACCAUGCAAAAGUCUUUUCCGAUGGGAAUAUUUGGGUGGCAAUCAAGAAUGUUCGUUUUCUGGAUGACUCUUUGCUUUGCAGACCAGAUAUUGGAUCUGCUGCCUUCAAGAUAUUCUUGAAAUACCUCAAAAAGUGUGGAUCCCAAGAUCUGUAUGCUGUUGAACUGCCAGACUGGGUCAAGGAAGGCUUUGAUGAUGCUGGUUGUAAAGAGAAAUUAAUGGAGAACACCCUGACAGAGACACAGUUCUUUACAGAUGUAUUCUUCCCUCAUGUUCAAGACAUAGACAGUGAACUACGUGAUCCUUUAAUGUAUUAUGUCCUCAAUGAAAAGCUGGAAGAUUUUGCAUCCAUACUGAGGGAAACUCGAUGCAUUCCAUGUUCAGGACCAUCACAGGAGCUUGUUUUGCCUUCUCGACUCAUACAUCCAGAGGGCAGAGUAGCUAAGCUGUAUAACAGUGCAGAUGGAAGGUUCCCUGAAGGAAGUCUGAGAGACUAUGUCAAUCCAGUAUGCUUAGUGAAGUUAUUGCAGUUGGGUAUGGUCAAGGAUGACCUAUCUUGGGAAGAUUUAAUUGAACGUGCUGAGUCUGUAUUGGCUCUAAAUGAGAAUGACCACACAAUGGCAUGCCACCGGAGCAGUAUCAUCCUUAGCCUCAUUGAUGAAAAACUGAAAAUAAGAGAUCCAGCAGCAAAUCAGUAUCUUUCCAAAUUGCAAAACAUCAAGUUUCUUCCAUUUUUGACCAAACCUGCUGGAUUUUCACUUCCAUGGCAUGGAAACAAUUUCCCUCAGUCCACCAUGUUCUCUGCAAAAGAGCUUUUUACAACAGACCAUCAGGACACUGUUUGCUUAAUGAAGCCCAUCCUGAAUGAAAAUUCACCUUCUUUCAAAGGAUGUGGUCCUGUCUCACUGGCUGUGAAAGACUUUCUUGGAUUGAUAAAAAAGCCAUCUGUUGCUUUAGUCAUCAGCCAGCUGAAAGAGCUCUCAAAAUCAUUUGAUGGUGUAACAUUGUAUCAAGAGAACAUAACUAAUGCAUGCUACAAGUAUCUUCACGAAGAGUUGCUCCAGUCCAAUGCUGCGAACGAGGAAAUCAUGGAGGAGCUGACAACAUUUUGCUCCAUUCUAGUAGAGAAUACAUAUGUUGAACCAUCAAAAGUUGCAUUUCAUUUAAACUUUGAUGCUGCUCCAUAUCUUUACCAGCUUCCAAACAAGUACCGAAACAGUUGUCGGGAACUUUUUGAAAAUGUGGGAGUUCAGCCAAGCUUCCCUAUUGGAACGUUUGCAGCAGUUUUACAGCUGAUUAAGAACGAGUGUGGAAGAAAGCCUCUAACUGAAGAGAACUUUCAGUUGUCUCGUAGAAUUAUUAGUGAGGGAAUAUGGAGCUUGAUCCGUGACAAAUCUCAGGAAUUCUGCCAAAGCAACUAUGGGGACAUACUCCUUCCUGAUAGCAAUUUUACACUACAGACAUCAAAAUCACUUUGCUACAAUGACUGUCCUUGGAUUAAAGUCAGAGACACAGCCGUUAAAUAUUGCCAUAGUGAUAUUCCUAGAGAAGUAGCAGUAAAAUUGGGGACAGUUCCAAAACGACACAAAGCCUUGGAAAGAUAUGCCUCCAACAUUUGCUUUACUACCCUUGGGAGUGAAUUUGGGCAAAAGGAGAGGCUCACCAGCAGAAUCAAAAGUAUCCUAAAUGCAUAUCCAUCAGAAAAGGAGAUGCUAAAAGAGCUACUACAAAAUGCAGAUGAUGCAAAAGCCACAGAAAUAUACUUUGUAUUUGAUCCCAGGACUCAUGCAACAGACAGAAUCUUUGAUGACAAAUGGAUGCCCAUGCAAGGCCCAUCGUUAUGUGUGUACAACAAUCAACCAUUUACAGAAGAUGAUAUAAGAGGCAUCCAAAAUCUCGGACGAGGCACCAAAGAGGCAAAUCCAGGAAAAACUGGGCAAUAUGGCAUUGGAUUUAACUCUGUGUAUCACAUUACUGACUGUCCUUCCUUUAUCUCAAAUAAUGACAUUCUCUGCAUCUUCGAUCCUCAUGCUCGUUACGCACCUGGAGCAACAUCUGCAAGUCCUGGAAGAAUGUUUAGAGACUUGGAUUCAGACUUCAGAUCUCAAUUUUCUGAUGUACUAAACUUAUAUCUUGGUAAUCAUUUCAAGCUGGAACGCAGCACAAUGUUCAGAUUUCCCAUACGAACUGUAGAAAUGGCCAAAAUCUCAGAGAUCAGCUCAGCACCUGCGUCAGACAGAAUGGUUCAAAAUUUUCUUGAUAAAAUCCGAACAGAUGGUGCAGAACUUCUCAUGUUUUUGAAUCACAUGGAGAAAAUUUCUAUAUGUGAAAUUGAGAAUGGGACUGGGGAAUUAAAAACUCUCUAUUCUGUGACAGCAAAAAUCACAGAUGGUGAUCGCCUGAAACGCAAACAGUUUCAUGCCUCUGUUGUAGACAGUGUUUCUAAGAAAAAGCAGCUGGCCCAAAUUCCAGUACAACAGAUUACAUACAUUAUGGACAUAGAGGACACAGAUGGAAAUUCCACAACAUGGAUGAUAUGUAACAGAUCUGGAUUUUCAGACAUGGAGAAGGUAUCUAAGAGUGUCAUUUCAGCUCACAAAAAUGAGGAUAUAACACUCUUUCCACGCGGUGGUGUUGCAGCAUGCACCAGCCAUAACUACAAAAAGCCUCACAGAGCUUUUUGUUUUCUUCCGCUUUCUCUGGAGACUGGACUGCCUUACCAUGUAAAUGGACAUUUUGCUUUAGACUCUGCAAGAAGAAAUCUGUGGAGGGAUGACAAUGGAGUUGGAGUGAGGAGUGAUUGGAACAAUAACUUGAUGACAGCACUAAUUGCUCCAGCAUGUGUAGAACUGGUGAUUCAAUUGAAACGACGGUUAUUUCCAGGCCCUGAUCCUACCAUGACAAUAUUUCAAGGAAUGCCAAUCCAUGUUGUCAGGGAUAUUUUGAGAAAAUUCUUGUCUUUCUUUCCUGUAAACAGACUUGAUAUUCAACCAGAUUGGUAUUGUUUGGUAAGAGCAAUCUACCAUUGCAUUCACUUAGAACUGAAAAGACUACUCCCGGUUGUAAGGGCACCCCACAUUGAUACGGAUAUGCAUUCUGCAAUAUACAUCUCCUGGGUAAACACAUCCAACACAAGCAAAGGUCGAGCAUUCUUUGACAACUUACUUCAGGAUGAGUUGCAGCAUCUUAAAAACACAGAGUAUAACAUAACCACACGGAAAUCUGUGGCAGAAAAUGUUUACAGAUUGAAAGCUAUGCUCCUGGAUGUUGGAUUCAACUUAAUCCACAGCUGUGAUGAAACGGCCAGUCUGUACUUUUGCCUGGAAGAUGCUGGGAUUCCAGUCAAAUAUGUGACACCUGAGGAUGUUCGGAGCUUUCUUUUAACGUUCUCAUUCCCAGACACAUCUUGCCAAGUUGGAAAACUACCAUGUCGGCUGCAGCACUCUAAUUUCAAGCUCUUCCAUGGUCUGAAGCUACUUGUUGACUACUGUUUCAAAGAUGUGGAAGAGAACGACAUUAACAUUGAAGGGUUGCCUCUGCUGAUGACAAUGGACAACAUUUUGCAAGUGUUUGACUCCAGACAGCCAAAGUUUCUGACCAAUCAUCAUGAGCUUAUCUCAUCAAGGAAAGAGCUUUUCAUGCACACAUUAUACUUGAGGUACAGCAAAAUCCUUUCAAAAGCAGGUGUGGCAAAGAUUUUUGACAUAAGCAGUUUUGGAGAUCUGUUGGGGUCUGUUCUUCCCAGAGAGUGCAGAACAAAAAUGUCAGUGAAAUGGAAAGAGGGCUGUCCUACUGAAUCCUGGCUUAAGAGUGUAUGGCACUUCAUCAGUGAACAGCUUGCAAUCAGAGAUGAACAGACAGAGGUCAAUUCUAAAUUUGAGACAGUUCUAGAGAUCUUGAAAGACUGGGCACUACUUCCAGGAAUCAAAUUUAUGGUUUCAGGGAACAAAUUAGUUGUUCCCGAGCAUGAUGUUUUGUUACCCCUAAGUCUAAUCUUUGCAGCCAUCUUUCCAAAUGGGCAAAAUGACAAAGUCUUUCACACCCUCAUAAAGGGAGGAUGCUUUCAACUGGCUGUGAAUAAACUAUGUGCCAAAGAAUCUCCUGUCUUCCCUCUGUUAUCACAAUAUACUGCAAAUAUAGACAAUCCUUCCAGCAUACUCAGAGCACUUGAGUACAUGAUCCAGACAUCAGCUUUCAAAGCAGGAAGCCUGACAGACAAAGACUUUGAAGCACUUUUGUUGUACUUCAACUGCAAUUUGACAAAUUUGACCCAAGAUGAUGUCCAGAGUUUGAAACUGCUGCCAUGUUACAAAGCUGUCAGUGGCCAAUACAUCUGCAUUGCAAACUUUGGGGCUUGCCAUGUUCUAACAAAAAGCAUUCCGUCUGCCGACAUCGAAAAGUGGGCACACAAUACAUCUUCAGCCUUCCUCGCUGACAGCCCACAGCUCAAAGAACUGUACAGCUUUCUUGGUUGCACACCAAUUGAUGACCUUGAGGUUUACCUGAAUCAUCUUCUUUCAAAAUUUGACAUCUUUUCACAUGAUGCCAAAAUCCAGCAUGUUAUCUAUCUGAAGGAGAAGUUGUUGGCAAUGGAAGAGCCAAGUUGCAUUAAGGAUAAGAUCUAUGAAAAACUGGAGGGACUGUCCUUCAUUUUUGACUCCACCAAUAGGCUGAAACCUGCCAAAGCCUUCUUUGAUCAAACGGUUAAAGUGUUUGAGGUGAUGCUUCCACCAAAAUCUUUCAUCCCCAAUGAUUUUUUCAGAAAAAUCGAGCAAGUAUCUAAGCCAAAACAAGGGACAUCAUAUUUACCCCCAUGGGUAACAUUCCUGCGCAAUAUUGGUCUGAAAUAUGUUGUUUCUCAACAGCAAGUUUUGCAAUUUGCAAAAGAAAUCAGCAUCAAAGCUUACACAGAGAACUGGUCCAAGGAGAAAGUUCAGACUAAUGUUGAUGUUCUUCUGAAUCAUAUUUUCAAUGAAAGAACAGAUCUGUUUGACGGAGCAUUCCUCAAAGAUCUCUCUAUGAUACCAUUCCUAUGUCCAGAACGUGCACCUGCUGAACUUGUUCGCCUGCAUGGUCAGUACCAGGAAAUGAGUGGAAAUCUCCCUCUAAUUCGCUUCAGUGGGUCUCAAGUAAAUCCAAAGUUCAAACAAACUGAUAUCAUGCAGUUGUUGUGGACAUCCUGUCCUAUUCUACCUGAGAGGGCUACACCAGUAAGCAUUAAAGACCAAGAAGGUAAUACACUCGCCAGUCAAGAGCAGCUUGAUCUUAUUGUGACCAUGCUAAAUGUCAAUGUUGACCCUCCUUUGGAGAAAGUAAUUAGCAAUUGCAAAAACAUAUGCAGCAUCACUAACCUGGAUGAUGACACAGUUAAAACACGAAACAAGGUACUGAGGAGCAUUUAUGAAUUUCUUAAUGCAGAUAAACGAGAUUUCUGUUUUCAGUUACGAGGAGUCGCCUUUGUUAUGGUUGAGGAGGGGUGGAAACUCCUUAAACCAGAAGAGGUUGUCAUUAAUUUGGACAAUGAAUCUGACUUUAAACCCUACUUGUACAAACUUCCCCUUGAGCUUGGUACAUUUCACCAACUAUUCAAACUGUUGGGAACUGAGGAUGUUGUCUCCACUAAACAAUAUGUGGAGGUUUUGUGUCGAAUUUAUAGAAAUUCAGAAGGCAAACAGCUUGACCCUAAUGAAAUGAGAACAGUAAAAAGAACCGUCUCUGGUCUGUUCAAAAGCCUGCAGAACGAUCCAGUUCAGAUCCGGAAAGACCUUGAGAAUCUCAAAGAUUUGACAUUUUACCUUCCAAGUCAUGAUGGACGAUUGUCCAAAUCGAACACGUUAGUCUUUGAUGACGCGCCACACUACAAGAGCCGAAUGCAGGGUAAUGUUGGUGUUCAGAUGCUAGUUGACAUGAGCCAGUGUUACCUUGGCAAAGACCACGCCUUUCACACAAAGCUGAUUAUGUUGCUUCCACAGAAACUGAGGCCCAGGCUUCUGAGUAGCAUCCUCGAAGAACAACUUGAUGAAGAUUCUCCAAGAAUGUGCCAAUUUGGUGCUCUUUGCUCUCUUCAGGGGCGACUUCAGUUACUCCUGUCAUCUGAGCAGUUCAUUACUGGACUAAUUCGGAUCAUGAAACAUGAGAAUGAGAACGCGUACAUGGUGAAUGAGGACAAAGCAAUACGAUUAUGCAAAGCUCUGUGUGAGGGCUUAAAGGUGUCUUGUUUUGAGAAACUACAGACAACACUACGAGUUAAAGGUUGCAGCCCGAUUCCCCACAGCCGUAGUGAAACUCUUGCCUUUCUUAAAAGGUAUGGAACAGCAGUUAUUCAUCUCUACAUUCAGCAUUCUGACAGCAAAGACAUUAACUUUCUUCUUGCUUUGGCAAUGACUCUAAAGUCGGCUACAGACAACCUCAUUUCGGACACCUCCUAUCUUAUUGCUAUGCUGGGUUGCAAUGACAUCUACAGAAUAACAGAGAAACUGGACAACCUUGGUGUGAAGUAUGACACAACUGAGCCUUCGAAGCUAGAGCUUCCACUACCUGGUACACCCAUUCCUGCAGAGAUUCAUCAUUUAUUGCUCAUGGAUCCCAUGAAUGUUUUUUACCCUGGUGAAUAUGUUGGAUACCUGGUAGAUUCAGAGGGAGGUGAUUUUUUAGGCACUUAUCAGCCAACCUACACGUACGCUAUCAUUGUUCAAGAAGUAGACAGGGAAGAAGAAGACAGUCCAAGUGUCCUUGGGAAAUGCUUUCAAAUAGACAUUGGGUACAGUGAGUACAAAAUUGUAAGCUCUCUUGAUUUGUACAAAUUCUCGAGACAGGAUGAUAGCACCAAUAUUCGAGAUGGCACACCAACUUCAACAAGCCCCUCGGAGACUCAGUCUCCUCGUGCUAGAAUGGUACCUCCCGUGUUUCCUAGCAAGGAAAAUCACAGAGCCCCACCAACAGAGUCGGCCCCUAAGAAGAUUAAACUCAACGCAUUACCUGAAAUUCUUAAAGAAGUUACCUCAGUCAUAGAACAAGCUUGGAAACUUUCAGAAACAGAGCGCAAAAAGAUUAUCCGGCGCUUAUAUUUGAAAUGGCACCCUGACAAAAAUGCAGAGAAUCUUGAAAUUGCCACAGAAGUCUUCAAGCACUUGCAAAAUGAGAUCAACAGGAUGGAGAAACAAACGCAGGCAGAGCAGACCGCUGAUCGAGGAACAAGGAGACCUUUCUCUGCCUCUUCCACUCGAUUCCAGUCAGAGAAAUUCUCGUUUCAGCGAUUUUACACAUCAUGGAACCAAGAAGCAACAAGCCAUAAGUCGGAAAAGCAGCAUUUUCGAGACAAAUUCACUAGCUUUGCUGGCACAUCUCAUUCAAAUCGUUUCUUUGUACCACCAUCAUUCAGGUCUGUUGGGAACCCUAUGGAAGCUCGACGGUGGCUAAGACAAGCAAGAGCCAACUUUUCUGCAGCAAGAAAUGACCUUCACAAAAAUGCCAAUGAAUGGGUAUGUUUCAAAUGCUACCUGGCAACAAAGCUUGCAUUAAUUGCUGCAGAUUAUGCAGUCAGAGGCAAAUCAGACAAAGAUGUGAAGCCCACGGCACUUGCACAGAAGGUUGAAGAGUACAACACCCAGCUAACAGGGCUGACAAAGGAUGUGCAAAUCUUGGAGGGAUACGGUGUGGACAGCCUGAGGACACGCUACCCUGAUCUUUUACCCUUUCCUCAGAUUCCCAAUGACAGAUAUACAUCUGAGGUAGCAAUGAGAGUGAUGGAAUGUACAGCUCGAAUAAUUAUCAAACUUGAGACAUUUGUCCAACACAAAAUCUGAAUGAUUGUCACCGUAAGACCAUGCAGAGCAACCAACAAACUGAUAGCUGUGCAAUAUAGACCAGUUGUAAUAGACUUUUUUAUGAUAAAAUUACAAAUGCAUCUGGCUGGCAUUUUAUUUGGAGAGUGCAAUCUCUGAUGCUGUGACUCAUGCUUAUUGCGUCCAUAGUUGCAUAGUAUUUCUCUAAAAUGCUACCUGAGCCUAAGUGUAAAUGAUUACUUACAUGUAUCAUGCAACCAUGUACAUAAUGUGCAAAAGCGUAGCAAUACCUUUAAUCAUUUUAAAUUUUUGAAAUUGUUCCUUUGUACAUAACAAAUACCAAAUGCCGCUUUUUUAUCUUUUCUAGAAAAGUAUUUUUUCCUGCCAUAGUCAAUAAGUUGACUCUAUUGUGAUUUAUUAGCAUGGGUUUGCACUGCACUUUUCUGUAAAUAGCUCUUGAGUGAUUGCAGGAAUCUAUUGAUAAAAGCUGUUAUAAUGUGCAAUCCAAUGAUGAAAGGUCAGUAACCCCAUAUACUGUAGUUCCUCUAUGGUGUCUGUAUCAUUUGCACUGGCAUAUAUCAUUCUGAUAUAAAAACAUCAGGUUAUAACAUGCAAUUCUAUAUGGUAACUCUCAUUUGAAAUAUAAGUGCAUUAGCAACACAUUGAAACGAUUUGAACGGCCUAUUAUGUAAUAUUAUAGUGAGUUCAUAAGGAUUUUUUAGUUGGUUUAUCUGUCACUUGUAUAGAGGGCCAUUUUUCGUUGUUGUUUAGGGUGCAAUUCAGCAACACAUUUUUUAUUUCACAUACGGGGUUGUCAACAAGUUUAGUUAUGUCAAGUAUUAAUAAAAAUGUAGUUGAAUGUACUAUUUUAAACUUUUUAUUUUUUAGCAAUCUGUCUGUUAACUGCUGUGGGUACAUACAUAUAUCAUGUCUUGUUCCUGUCUUUUCUAUUAUUUACCAUUGAAACCUUUUGUCCUCUACUGCUGAGAAAUUUUUGCAUGACAUUCUCUGAUAUUUGUGCUAGAGGCACAUAUACUCGUAUAUUCAUGGUGCUCAAUGUAAAUGUUUUUCAUCUUAUUCGUUUAAGAAAAACUGUAAUUAAACACUGGAUACUAAAUUGUUUUGAAAAAUA